CACUUCAUGUCACUCACCCGACCUCCGCGUGGCCCCCGCUUCUGGUUAGGUCGCACUUGCCGCAUGGAGUCGCUUGGGUCGCGCUUGCGGCAUGGAGUCGCAAGCUCGUGGGACAGGCCCUUUACUUAGCCGGUCACUCAGCAUCUGUGGAGAAAAUGGAUAGGUGACGUUUCAGGUCGGGACCCUGCUUCAGAUGGUUACCAUUCGGUGAAGCUAUGACUGAGGUAUAAAAUAUGGAGCUGUCAUGAGAAGCAUCCCAGGAAACCUGUGAAUCUAUGAGAAAGAUAGGCAGCGAAUGGGUGUGCAGCCAUAUGUCGUUCUAUUCUGAGCUCACUAAUGCAAUCAUCAUUGACACAAAUAGCAUUCAUGACUAAAACUUUUGUUGUACUUGAGAAAGAAACAUUUUGCACUGUUUUAUUCAUUCUGGACACAAUGAGGGUUCUCAGCUCUUUUCAGUGCUAACAUUUGCUGCUUGGCUGUGAAAAAGUUGACCUUGUUUUUAUUCCUACCCUUGUUCUUGUCUCACAGGGAGUUGGAAGAGUACCCAUGUGAUCAACUUUGGGAGGCCAAAAUUAUGGGAAAUCAUUUUAAAAACAAUCGGCAGCUUGAGUAGAAUAAGAGCGAUGCAUAUUUAAAAAGAAAACAUCCAGCACUUCCAGUUUUAAUACUGAUCUAAUUUAAUCAGAAUGACAAUCCCUUCUACCUACAAUCCAAUCUGAAUUCCCACGCCUAUGGCCUACACAUCUAUGGGAUACUUUGCUGUUGAGAGAAAAACUUCCUGGUCUGCACUUCUGCCUUGAGAGGGGCCACGUUGCCAUCUCCGUGCUGUUGUACUCAGCACUCAGCGAGCGCUCCAUUUAUAAAUCAAGCUGCAGAAUGAGCAUCGCAAUCAUUUUCAACGCUCUGCUUGUAUCCAUCCUGGCUGCAGUACUGUGGAAGUAUGUCAAGUUGUGGGAGCAUGCCACUUCACUAGAGGAAGAAUUGUUGCUCUCCCAGCAAACCCAAGAGUUGUCCCAAGUGAAGAUUGACUACCAUGCUGCCCUGCAAGCUCUUACGGAAAAUGGCACUAGAAUGGUUUGCACAGGGAAAAUGCAUACUGAGCGGAUCUGUCGGUUUGAGUCACUCUGCUAUACCACUGAGGCGGAAGAGUUUGUCUUCUUCCAUGGCAAUGCCUCUGUACUGCUGCCAAACCUGGGCUCGCGCCGGUUCCAGCCCGCUCUGUUAGACCUGACUUCAGUCGAAGAUCACACUGCACAAUACUUCAAUUUUGUGGAACUGCCUGUUGCUGCACUUAAGUUCAUGCAUAAGCCAGUCUUUGUGCCGGAUGUUGCACUGAUCAUGAAUCGUUUCAAUCCAGACAACCUCAUGCACAUCUUUCACGAUGAUCUGCUCCCAAUCUACUACACAAUGCAGCAGUUCCCAGACUUGAAUGAAGAUUCUCGAUUGGUCUUCAUGGAAGGGUGGAGUGAAGGGUUGCACUUUGAGCUGUACAAAUUAUUUAGCAACAAACAACCUCUUCUGAAGGAACAAUUGAAAAGUCUUGGAAGUUUGCUUUGCUUUACAAAGUCUUACGUUGGGUUGUCAAAAAUGACAACUUGGUAUCAAUAUGGUUUCAUCCAACCUCAGGGACCAAAAGCAAAUAUUUUAGUAUCUGGAAAUGAAAUUAGGCAAUUCACACAAUCACUUGUGGAAAAGUUAAACAUUACUGCAGGCUCCAGUGGCGAAGAAUAUAUUGUGCUAUUCAGUCGCACAAUCAACAGGUUGAUUUUGAAUGAAGCAGAAUUAAUCCUAGGUCUGGCGCAGGAGUUUCAGAUGAGGACUGUUGCAGUGUCUUUAGAUGAUUAUUCCUUUGGAGAUCUUGUUAGGCUGAUUAGCAGGGCCUCAAUGUUGGUCAGCAUGCAUGGAUCGCAACUGGUGAUGGCACUGUUUCUGCCCCGGGGUGGUGUGGUUGUUGAACUCUUCCCUUAUGGAGUGAACCCAGAACAUUACACACCCUAUAAAACGUUGGCAUCUCUCCCGAGCAUGGACCUUCAGUAUGUUGCCUGGCAGAAUACUAAGGAAGAGAAUACUGUUACCUAUCCCGACAGGCCCUGGGAACAAGGUGGAAUUGCUCACCUUGAAAAGGCUGAGCAAGAACGCAUAAUGAAGAGCAAAGAGGUUCCUCGUCACUUGUGUUGCCGAAAUGCCGAAUGGCUCUUCCGUAUUUAUCAGGACACCCUGGUAGAUAUUCCAUCUAUGAUGACCGCAAUUCAUCAGUCGGUGAUUUCCAAACCACCUCUCGGGAAGCUUAAAGCAAGAAGUAUAAUACAUCCUGGGAAAGUGAGAGAAUCCAUGUGUCAAGCGUCUGUCCAGAGCGCCAGUGAGGCAAAGUUGUCGAUUUCAUGGCAAGUACCUUGGAAUCUGAAGUACCUCAAAGUAAAGGAUGUGAAGUAUGAGGUUUGGAUCCAGGAACAAGGUGAGAACACAUACAUGCCCUACAUCUUGCCUCACCAGAACUACACAUUUGUAGAAAACAUUAAACCAUUUACAACUUAUUUGGUUUGGAUAAGGUGCAUCUUUAAUAAAAACCUCCUCGGUCCAUUUGCAGAGACGCUGACUUGUAACACAUAAGGCAAGAUUGCUGGGUGGGCAAAGAAGAAACAUCCUGUACUUCACUACGUUGUGUGGCUCAAAAGUGUGUAAUUCAAUAUUCUGUUAGCCCUGUAGUUGAAAAAGUGUGAACUGAUCUUAAAUAACGAGUUAUUUUGGGGCUUUAAGCACAGUUGUGAUCUGAUGCAUGAAACGCAGUUCAAAUGACAACUGAUCUGAUUGAAAUGAAAUCCGCUCUGGUUGUGAUGGCUCGCACUAAAGCUUAGUAUUAAGCAUUUUGACUGGCUUUUAGUAAAUGUUGGAAAUGACUAAGGCAUUAGAAGUUUGGUGUUGAUGGUUCAACUGUGAACAUUAAUGGUGCCACUGCAUCUUGUAUUAUGUGAUCCUGUGGAAUUGUGAGUGUUUAAAACCUCAUAAAGAAGCCACUGCUGGAGUUUUGAAAUAAUAUCAGUUACCCUGUUCUUGUGAAUGACAUCUAUGUAUUACGCACCAAUUGAGCAAAGUGGGAAAAUAACAGCUAAAGGUUCAUCAAGAAUCACGAGGCAGAGCUGUUGAGAGUGUUGAGCAUGGUUCAUGUAAUCCAAGACACGGGCAAUAAUGCAUAUGUGCCAGUGUGGAGAUUAUGUAAAGUGAACCUGGUGGUUGUAAUAUUUUGUGCUUUUGUAAAACUUGUUUCGAUCCAACAGCAAUUCUCAUUGUAACAACUUGUUCUCUCCAAUUGCAAACAACUUCAUUCCUGACUGGUGGAAACAAUCAGUGGCCUGUGAAACUGACCCUAAUCCGAACCCACCUUCAGAUGCUAGGAAAGUACCCUCUUCACCCUUUCUGGUCCUAAUCUUCAUAGAUUCAUUGUUCCACAAGAUAGACACAUGUCUGUUACCAUCAGUUUUCCAUUGAACAUUUUAAAAAAAAAAACCUCUUGGUUCUGAAAUUCUGUUAGUGUCUUUAAUAAAAAU